UCCAAACUCAACCUCAAAAGCUGCAGAUUGAAACAAAACAAAAGAGAAAGAGAGUUUCAAAGAAUCAAAUCAUCAUCAUCAUGAGUCACUGUAUAGUACCAAAUUGGAAUCUAAAAAACCAAAGGCGACGACGUCAACAAGUCGAAGAUGAAGAAGAAACCAAAAGAUCUUCGUUCCACAUGUUCAACCCUUGUAAUAAUAUAAACCAGCAGCUCGUCCCCGUGUCCAACCAUCAAGUUGCAGAGCUAACAUGGCAAUAUGGUCAGCAGCUAGCCAUGCAUGGGUUCAGUGGGUUCCUUCCUACUGCACCAACAAAGCCAACAUGUAGGUCAAAUGACACAUUAGAGUCCAUAGUCCAUCAAGCCACAUAUCACAACCAGGAUGAGACCCCGGCAAACACAAGUUCCAUUGCUGCAUCAUCCGGAGGAAACCGCAGCGAAAGCUCCAGUCGAUUGCCGCCGGUGUCGGUAGCAGCGCGGUUGACAAAGAAACGGGCACAGCCGACUUCAGAUUCGGAUCAAUGCAGGAAACACAAUAUAAGUUGUGGGAUUCAAAAAGAUAAAGCAGAUCGUAGUGAAUGCGGCUGUGAUACGUUUUACAAGAUUGACAAUGAUGCAACAAUGGUGACUUGGGGUUCCCAUGAUGAAUCUCUUCAAAGCUUGAAAACCAAAACCACAGAUGGGGACUCUGGUUGUCACGAUGGAUCGGAAAGCCGAGAUGAAACAGGACGGUCUCAUCCGACAAGGCGAAGUCGAGCAGCAGCUACUCAUAAUCUGUCUGAAAGGAAGCGAAGAGAUAGAAUUAAUCAAAAGAUGAAGGCUCUUCAAAAGUUGGUGCCAAAUGCAAGCAAGACAGAUAAAGCUUCAAUGCUUGAUGAAGUAAUUGAAUACCUAAAACAACUUCAAGCACAAGUACAAGUGAUGAGUAUGAGAAGCAUCCCUCCAAUGAUGAUGAUGCCACUAGGCUUGCAGCACCACCAGCACCUGCAAAUGUCUCUUUUAGGUCGGAUCAUGGCCGGCAUGGGAGUUAACCAUGCUUUAGGAAUGGGCAUGGGAUUGGUAGACAUCAACGCCGCCACGCCUCCCAAUGCUUCCCAAUCUCUUCCUCCUCUAUUGCACCUUCCACCACCCUUUUUGGCAACUGCACUACCGCCAAUGAUUCCUUCAAGAGCUACCGCCACUGCAGCAGCUCAAUCAAAUCCAAAUGCGAGCUCUAGUGACUCAAUCCCUUUGCCUGACCCAUCUUGCGCUUUCCUAACUCAAUCGAUGAAUAUGGAACUCUACAGUAAGAUGGCAGCACUGUAUCAGGCUCAAAUGAAUCGAACGACAGAGACAGCCAGCAGUCCAUCGCGAUCAAACAACAUAAAACAGGAUUAAUGUUGUCGCAUGAUAUAAGAUCUUUGAAUAAUAUAACUUAGAUUUGUAUGUCGUGUAAUUGCCCCCCUUUUUUUUUCUUUAUAUAUUUAUCUGAUUAGCCAUUAAUUAAUGUCCACUGUGUUCUGAA